GGCACGAUGGCACUGGCAUGGAUGUACACCCUGCGCAGCGUUCGAUACCUGGUGCUGAAGAAAGGCGGCAAGACCCUGGCCUUUGUCACCUUCACUCCUUUCGGCAGGAACAGGACCCUCGCUGUCCCCUUGGAGAAGGUCUCUGCGAAACAGAGCCGAAUGACAGCCACAGUUCACCUGCCGCUCAAAGUGAAGGGCAAAUACUUUCACUACAUCUUAGACAUGCGCGGCCAGUUCCCCAAUGCGAAGCUCUUUGACUACUCUGCCGGACUCAGGAGAAAUUGGGCGCAGUAGGGCAAGCGGUGGAGCCAGUUUGUGACCUUUUUAUCCAAUAUCCCUUACCCCCCAUCUAAGGGAUGUUUGCAGGGGUGAAUCGUGUUGUAGGCACUUUUUUUUUUAGAGUGGGUGUAAAUAGUAAUAAUUACUGUUUUUGAUAUA